AUGGGUUUCUUGGAAACCGUAAUCCUGUCCGCGCUGCAUGCCUCGCUGCUGUGCCCUGUAUGUUCGAGCGCUACGAUUGCACUGCUCGACCACGAGGAGGAAAAGCGGCGCCAGCGGUGGGCAGACUUCGUCUUCGUUCCUGCAAACUUGGAUGCCGGCUCAGCGUCUCCUCCGCAGAGUUUGGAAGCUUGUCGUGGACUCGAUCUUCAAUCCGAGCUUGGGCCCGCAGCAAUGGCUUCGAAACGUGAACUGGGAAGUGGUGCGUUUGGUGAUGUCACACUGCACGAGGAGGACGGGAAAUCGUACGCCCUCAAGACGAUUUCCCACCAGCUGCUAAAGCACCGCCAGCUUGAGGCCGCUGCACAGGUGGAGCGCGAAGCCCUCGAAAUAUGCCAAGGACAUCCGUGCAUUGUCCGGUUCUACGGACAUGUGGAGUCUGUGGCAAACACAGUUCUUGUGAUGGAAGUGUUGCAAGACCUCGUGGGUGUGUAUACUUCUGCCAGCCUUUGGGGCAACCCGGCGGUGGUUCGCGAACACGUGGCGUGUGUGGCGGAGGCGCUCUCCUACAUGCACUCCAAGCAGAUCAUGCAUAGAGAUGUGAAGCCCAAGAACAUGUUGUUGGACGCCCGUGGCUGCUGCAAGCUGUGUGAUUUUGGAUCCGCGAAGCUUUGCAGUGGCCGUGCUUAUAGUUUUGUGGGCACAGCGGAGUACAUGGCCCCCGAGAUGGUAAGGAAGACCGGCCACACUGCUGCUGUGGACUGGUGGGGUUUGGGCUGCGUCCUGUUCGAGCUGCUGUCCGGCCAAGGACUUUUUUCUGGAAGGCGAGACGAGGUGUUUAGUUCCAUCGACCGGGGAGUUAGCGAGACGGCCUUUGCAGACUUGGCCUUUGAGAGUGCUUCCGAGCUUGUCCAAGGCCUUUGUGCCCAAAUGCCGCACUUACGUCUACCGAUGAUGAACGGUGGCAUCGACAACAUCAAGACACAAUCAUGGUAUGCAGACUUCCUGUGGCCGAACUUUGUGGUUGAGAAAGUGCAGCUCGGAAUGCUUAUAUGCCUGCACCAGACAGCACUGCCAACGCUCUUGGUGACCUCUCGUGAGAGCCGCAUCCCGAGGAAAAGCGGCGCCAGCGGUGGGCAGACUUCGUCUUCGUUCCUGCAAACUUGGAUGCCGGCUCAGCGUCUCCUCCGCAGAGUUUGGAAGCUUGUCGUGGACUCGAUCUUCAAUCCGAGCUUGGGCCCACAGCAAUGGCUUCGAAACGUGAACUGGGAAGUGGUGCGUUUGGUGAUGUCACACUGCGAGGAGGACGGGAAAUCGUACGCCCUCAAGACGAUUUCCCACCAGCUGCUAAAGCACCGCCAGCUUGAGGCCGCUGCACAGGUGGAGCGCGAAGCCCUCGAAAUAUGCCAAGGACAUCCGUGCAUUGUCCGGUUCUACGGACAUGUGGAGUCUGUGGCAAACACAGUUCUUGUGAUGGAAGUGUUGCAAGACCUCGUGGGUGUGUAUACUUCUGCCAGCCUUUGGGGCAACCCGGCGGUUCGCGAACACGUGGCGUGUGUGGCGGAGGCGCUCUCCUACAUGCACUCCAAGCAGAUCAUGCAUAGAGAUGUGAAGCCCAAGAACAUGUUGUUGGACGCCCGUGGCUGCUGCAAUUUUGGAUCCGCGAAGCUUUGCAGUGGCCGUGCUUAUAGUUUUGUGGGCACAGCGGAGUACAUGGCCCCCGAGAUGGUAAGGAAGACACACUGCUGCGAGGCCGCGAGCUGUCCGGAGGGCCUUUGCAUCGAGAGUGCUUCCGAGACAAGGCACCAGAUGGCACUGCCAACGCUCUUGGUGACCUCUCGUGAGAGCCGCAUCCCGCCGCAAGCAUCAAGCUCAAGCUCGCAAGCUUCAUGCAACGCCAGUGCAUCCAGUGCCGGUAGUGCCGGCAGGACAAAGGCGCAGGCCAAGUUCUUGGAGCGUGUGCUCAAGAAAGCUUGA